AGGCAGCUACCGGUCUGGUGGUUUCAGGAUUGGUUCUGGAUAUCAUGGCCAAAGUCAUAUCCUUUCAUAUGCACCAUGAUGCCAAUGUUUGUGUUUGCGUUGGAGGAAAACUUAUCGCGGUGCUUGAACUUGAGAGGUUGUUUCAAAUAAGAUAUUAUUGCAGUCCAGCGAAGCGGAAUGAGUUCCUAACUCAAUGGAGAGAAGCAAUAGAAAAGGUUCAGGCGUUUACCGAAAUUUACGAAUAUGAUAUUGCUGUUACAAGUUGGGUGUUGCCAACUCCUCUUGAACUUUUUAAGACCCUGGUCAAAGCUGAUCGGUGGGUGACGGCCAACCACCAUGACAGUCAUGCUGCCAUCGGAUACUACGAUUCACCAUUUAAUAAUGCAUUAGUCUUUUCAUAUGAUGGAGGUGGUAAUGACGGAACAUUCAACGUUUAUCACGCCAACAGAAAUGAUGGAAUUAAACAUAUAGAACGAGUCCUCUUAAACCUUGGAGAUCGGUACCAUUAUCUUACCCGUGCAUUUUCUGAACUUAACAAGAUGAAGUUUAACCCGAAUGUGAUGCAAAUGUAUACAGGGGCUGUUCGUCCUCAUAGUUCAUUGACAGGAAAAAUGAUGGGAUACUCAGCUCUGGGUAACGUCCGUAAAGAAUGGAUCCCAGCAUUCAAGGAAUACUAUAAGCUCUAUACCAGUGAAAUAGGCCUGUCGUUCCAGCUUGGGCACAAAAUAGGACUGUCGCUGGAAGAAAAUGCACUUGAUGGACAGAAUGCUAUGGAUGUAUCUGCCACGAGUCAAUAUGUAUUUACUCUCUUAAUUUGUGAAAAGAUUGAUUUGUUUCUUAAUCGAUACACCUCUAUUGUUGGCAGUGCAAAACUUGAUGGUAUCGUUUUAAGCGGUGGUUGUGCAUUGAAUGUUCCUGCAAAUCAAUUAAUAGUCAGCAAGUUUGGUUACCCUGUCCACGUAGCCUCAGCACCGAAUGAUUGUGGGAUAUCAGUUGGUGGAGCCUGGAUUAUUGUUCCGCCAUCAAGCCCACAACGUAUUCAAUUCUGUGGUCUCCCACUCUUUGAUGGAAACAUGUUAAAUCAUUUCGUAAAGUUGCGUGAAGCGAAACAAGUCUCAGUUGCAGAUGUUGCACAGCUGCUAACUAAAGGUGCUGUCAUAGGACUCGUUAGAGGACGACAAGAGUUUGGACCGAGGGCUCUUGGGCACCGAUCAUUAAUAGCAUUUCCAGAUAAAGCUGAUGUUAGGGAACGUAUCAAUACUCUGAAGAGUCGUGAAUGGUUCCGUCCCCUCUGCCCUUCAGUUACGGUGGAAUUCGCACCAAAGUUGGUAAUGGGUGACUGCGAAAAGUUUGUUACUGCUUUUUAUCAGAAAAUGAACGUUGCUAACACUGAGGAAGCCAACGUAUAUCCACUCGCUGAUUGGACAAUCUCUUCAAAGCUGCGUCUGAAUAAAGAUGAAAGCUAUAAAGAAUGGACACCGUAUUCACCUUACAUGUCUUUUGCACCGCUUUUAAAUGACGAGUCACAGAAAAAAUUCCCUGCCAUCACUCAUUAUGAUGGAACAGCUAGAUAUCAAACUGUUUCAAAAGAGGAUGACCCGUGGUACCACUCACUAUUGUGUGAGGUUGGCAAGAGGACAGGUGGAAGCGAGAUUCUACUCAAUACAUCUUUUAACGUCAAGGGAAAACCAAUCUUGAAUCGUAUUAGUACUGCUCUACAAGUCCUAGAUGACGCCCCUCUUGGUUUUCUAGAUUACGUCAUUGUUGAAGAUUGGCUUUUUACACCAAAAUUAAUUUAUGUGGCCUCAAUUUUAACGGUCCCUACUAGGUUAAAAUUGAACUAUGAUAAAACUACAGCGAUGUGGCUUAGUUCUUUGAGAAAUUCAAAAGAUACAUUACCAAGAGUAGAAAUAGCAAAUUCUCCCAUUAAAGCUCAUGGCUUUUAUUUUUCAUAUAACUCUCAGCUGUGUGAAAUUUAA